AUGCGCGGGGAAUCCGUCGUGUUCUCCCUUCUUUCCCCCCAGUUUUUCACAGGCUGGUGGAUMAUCAUCGAUGCUGCUGUGAAAUACCCUCAAGUGGAAGACUUCAACCAUUCCUACCACGCCUGUGGGGUCAUAGCCACCAUUGCAUUCCUGAUGAUCAACGCCGUGUCCAACGGGCAGGUGCGGGGGGACAGCUACAGCGAGGGCUGCCUGGGCCAGACAGGGGCUCGGAUCUGGCUCUUCAUCGGAUUCAUGAUGGCUUUUGGAUCCCUCAUUGCUUCCAUGUGGAUCCUUUUCGGGGGCUACGUGGUUAAAGAAAAACCAGUGGUGUACCCAGGGAUAGCUGUGUUUUUCCAGAAUGCAUUCAUCUUUUUUGGGGGUUUGGUGUUCAAGUUCGGUCGCACAGAGGAUUUGUGGCAGUGAACCCCCCUGGAGUGCCCCAAACUGCAUCCCCAAAAUUUUGUAAAACCGUUUUGUAAACCUUCCAUUCUGUCAGGAGAGAAAUCAAGGAAAGCUGAAAGCACUAAAGAUUCCAGCUCUGUUCUGUUGAAUUUUUUUUUUUUUACUCUUGUACGUCCACUUCAAUGUUGUGGUGUUUUUGAGAAACGUAAAAUUGCUACAAACCACAGUGGAGUCACUUUUCUAAAAUGGUGUUUGUUACAAAUAAAAGCAGAGUGGAAUAUGGAUAUAUUUAA